GAGGACAGUCGAGGAGUUUCUAUCGAGGGGAGAAGUUUGGACAUGAACGCCUUCAGCGGAUAGACACAGGCUGAUCUCUGAGCCCCCCCCCCCGCCCCUGGCUGGCGGCACCAUGACGCUCCUCCGCCGCUCCCCGUGGAGCGCCCUGCUCCUCGCGGCUCUGCUGCAGAGCUGCCGAGCAGACUGUGACCAAAAAUGUCAACCCAAGAAUUUAACAGGAUUGAUGAUUGGAACUACCAAUAUCAGUUUGAAUUCUGAACUCAUCUGCACGUUAUCCACUGAUAACAAAGCACAAAACAAUUCACUGACUGAUCUGUUUCCUGGAAAUGUGUAUGAGGUGAACUUUGCUUGUCUUAACUGCUGUAAAAACAUCACAACCAAACCAGAUAAAGUCAGAAACCUCUCUGUUACUGAGAUCACCACUUCCUCUAUAUCUCUGAACUGGACCGAACCAUUAGGAAACAGUUCCUUCUAUAGAGUACAAUGGAAAAAUGGAUCAUCUACUCUAAAUAUAAAUGUGUUUGAUAAGACCACGACUAUAUCUAACCUAACUGCUGGUGACAGGUAUGACAUAAAGGUCAUAGCUGUGGCAGCAGAUGAUCAAACCGAGGGAGAGAGUGUUUCUACUGUCAAAUAUACAAGUAAGUUAACAUGGAAACCACUUUAACCUUCCUGAGAGAUGUCUGCUACAAA